AUGAAGUCAACGACUAAAGUGGAAAAUAGCAGCCAUAUGGUGCUUAUCGUGAUAUUUCCGAUCAAAAGUAUAUGGACCAGAAACGACCAUAAGAAACGCUGGAUCCCCCAAAACUCCUUCUCGGAGGCUGAGUUCCGACAGGAAGACUUUGCCAUGAUCAAGUAUUUCACUAGUCAGAGUCGGACACUUUGGUUUACACAGCACAUCGCAUGUACGCGUGCCAUCCUGAAAGGAAAUGACCAAGAGGAGAUCGAGCCUGUUGGGGCUUAUAUUCUAUCUGGGACAGAAGUCAAGAGGGUCUCUGAAGGAGAGGCAACGGUUGUAUUUAAGAUUGUGGAGGAGGUGGAUGGAGUCGAUGCGUUGGCCAGAUACUGGACGGACUUUGACCCUAGGACUCUUAGGUAG